CGAGGAAGGGAAGUCGGAGGUCGUUGCCUUACAAGACUCCUAUUUGGGAGUUUAUUCCUGUCAUCGCCGAAGGAAGCUUUCUCGUCUCUAUGCUUGCUCGGUUGGGGUUGACGCCGCCAUUAUGAUGCCUGUCUUCAAAAGCAGCCGCCGCGACUUUACUUUCGGGCCGUGGAAGUUAACGGCCGCUCGGACCCACAUCAUCAAGUCGGCCGACGCCGAGAGAUUAGCUGAAGAACUGCACAUGCCAUGUGUUCCAGAAAUGAUGUUUGGUGACAAUGUCCUAAGAAUUCAGCAUGAACUGCUAUUUGGCAUAGAGUUCAAUGCAACUGAUGCUUUAAGAUGUGUAAACAACUUGCAAGGAAUGGUUAAAGUUGCUUGUGCAGAAGAAUGGCAAGAAAGCAGGUCUGAGCCUGAGCACACAAAGGAAGUUGUUAAACCAUAUGAUUGGACUUACACAACAGACUACAAAGGAACUCUGCUGGGUGAAACACUAAAGUUAAAAGUUUCUUCUACAACAGAACAUAUAGAUACAGAGAAACUAAAAGCCAGGGAACAGAUAAUGUUUUUUGAGGAAGUUCUUUUGUUUGAAGAUGAACUUCACGAUCAUGGGGUUUCAAGCCUGAGUGUCAAAAUUAGAGUAAUGCCAUCCAGCUUUUUUGUGCUGUUGAGGUUUUUCUUGCGAGUUGAUGGAGUGCUUAUCAGGAUGAAUGAUACAAGGCUUUAUCAUGAGGCCAACAAAUCCUACAUGUUGCGGGAAUAUACCUCUAGGGAAAGCAAAAUAUCAAAUCUAAAGCAUGUUCCCCCAACACUGUUUACGGAUCCUAAUGAGAUUGCUCAGUAUUUACCUGUUAAAGAAAAUAUUUGUGAGAAGCUGGAAUUUCCUGAGAACUCACACCCUGAAUCUGCAGCUGCACCAGAAGGCACUUAAUGAGAUCUACAUAAUCUGGUGGACUUGAUAUAGACCCUGUUUUUAUCUUCUUGGCCAUUACCACUGAAAAUGCUGGAUAUAGAUCUGUCUGGAUGCCUGGCUAAAAUUUCUGUAGCCUUGGGUGGGUGAAGCUAACUUGGAAGUUUUUCCUGUACUUUCAUUGUGUCUCUAUUUUGAAUAUGCUCUGAUCUAACAGGAAACUGCGGUUACUGAUAUUGGAGAGUAAGUCCCCAAAUCAGGAUUGAUUAUUUUGAAGUAUGCAACAUUUCAAAAAAGUCUGGACAGAUGUUGGAAAACAAAUAAGACCUCUUCACAAGCGCAGUAACUUUUAGGGACAUUGUUUUAACAUAGUCUUUUGUUAUAGAAGGACUUCUAUAGUGUUUCAUAUGAUGUGUAAGAGUACAUUAAUUAUGUUUGUUCUAUAGGUUAAAUUUGAUUACCUUGUUGAGGGAUCAUUGAUGCUUGAUCAGUUCAUGAAAUUUAAUGUAUGUUGAAUGGUAUUCUUAAUAUUCAACACUUGCUUGCUGCCUGUCUUAUCAGAUGUGAGCUUUGUUAAAUUUAAAACAAAGCUAAAUCUUUCACUAAUUUUAAAAAGCAGUUAAAUAAGUUCCAUAAUAAGUUUGACCAAGUACAGGUAACAAUAGGAUCCACUUUUGCCUGAUUCCUACCAUUUUUGUCAUAAAUCAGAUUAGAUGAAAUUGUUAGUGCUUCUUGUCAACCUGAAGAAGUUACCUCCUUUUAAAAAUAUUACAAGUUUGUUUAUAUUGAUUAGAUUGUUAACACAACUAAAUUCUUAUAAUAUUUGUAACAGAAUAUAAAGUAUUAGUAGUUGGCUACUGCAAGUAUGACAGACAUGCAUACUUUAUCAGUAUUUUUGAUAAAAAUGAUUGCACAUAUGUUCAUAAAAUAGUUACCAAACUGCACCAUUCAUAUAUUUCUUAUAGAAGAUCAACUGAACUGUUGGGGAGAAAUUGUUUUAUCAGUUAUUUCCAAAACUCAUUUUCAGCCCUUAGAUUUUGGCGUAUCUCUCCACCCUGCCAUUUGGGAGCAGACAAAAAACUUUUUGAGAUUUUGGUAAUAAGAGAAUAAUAAAUCUUAGGUUUGUUUUUAUAUAUUAUGGCAAUAGAUUCUUAAAAUAUUCUAGUAUAAAUAUAUAGAUUUCUGCUGAUACGGCUUUUCUUAUCUAUUGCCUCAAGGGAGAAGAGUUUGAGAAUCAGGAACAAGGUUUCUUGUUUCGUCUUUUUUUUAUGAUUAUUAUUCUGCGUUUUAGUUUUCUUACUUGAAAAAGUAAAAUAACAAACACCUUUGGAAGUACUAAGAUAAGGCAGUCUAAUUCAGUAUCCAUUGGAUCAGUAACAAAUUGCAUUGGGCAUUAUGGAAUGUGUUAAGAGUAAACAUGUGUAGGUUUGUUGCUAGGUUUUAAACCAUAUUAAGCCUUGUUCUGAAGCAACAUUGGAAGUUCACUACUUAACAUACAUAGGAAAUCAUUCAGCCAGGCAGGGAUUUGUCUUGCUUUGAACAAUGGCUCUUGGAAAAAUACACAUGUUGACUCCAGAAUUUUCUAAGGAAGAUAUGUCAAUCCUGUAUCUUGAGAGAGCUUCAACUGUUUAUACUGUGUAUCUAGUCAUGAUUGCUAGUUAUAUAGCAAAAUAGAACAGAGCUGAUGAUUAGACUAUAGAAGUAAUUAGGGUGAAGUAGAAGCAGCAGCAGUCAUUCAGUGAAAAAGAUCCCAAAAGAAAGGGCAAACAACACCUACAGCUAUAAAAUUAGUCAUACUUCAUUUUUAAAAUUUGUUUCAAUAAAUAUGUGAAGCAGCUAAAUUUAUCCUAUUUAUUCUGUCCUACAACAUAGUUGUAUAGCUAUGUCAAAAUCAGACCAGAGAGGGAGAGAAAACUGGAUCCUUAUUCCUGUAUCAUGCAUGUUGUACUUGACAUUUAACAGUAGUGAAAUCUAUGUGGGAUUUGUUCUUGUAAGCAUUUCCUUGUGAAAUUAAGCAAGUUCAGACCUUAAAAAGGUACACUAUACUGUCAAUAUUUCCAAUCUUGAAAUUAAUGGAAGCUACAUUGUGCACCUCCUCAUUUCAAUAGUACUUGUGCAGAAUUACUUACUAAGGUACUCUUAUCAGCAUGAAAAAGACCUUUUGUAAUGUUUAGUCAGAAACAUGUAAUGGUUUGUGUUCUGUCACAAAAUAAAAAAGUCACAUUUA